CAGCAAAACGGACAGAUUCUGAUUGAUAAUUUAAAGGCAGUCUUUCUGUUCAUCCUUCCAGUACGCGUCUCCGCCGUUUUUACACAAAGUGUUUCAGCAAGCCAGUCUUACCGCACGACCCAAGCGGACACCAAGCGCCCAGCGGUACCGGGUGAAGCCUCGGUGGCGUGAAGGCAGGUGUUGAGGACUGUCCUUCUCUCUCUGCCUCCUUCUGUUGUUCUGAGUCAUGGCGACCUCUCUGCUCAGCAGGCAGCUGGUCCUCUCCCUCCAGCAGAACCUCAGGCUCACUGCACCAGGCUGCAGGUAUGCGAGUAAGGCAGCAGCUAAGACUCAGAUGGAGUUUGAGUACGACGGGCCGUCCAUGAAGACCGAGGUCCCAGGACCCCGUUCCAAGGAGCUGACCAAACAGUUGGGAGAGAUGCAGAAUGUGGGAGCAAUCAAUUUCUUCUGUAACUAUGAGGAGAGCAGAGGAAACUACCUGGUGGACGUGGACGGAAACCGCAUGCUGGACGUCUACACACAGAUCUCCUCUAUUCCUAUAGGAUACAACCAUCCCUCACUCAUUAAAGUGAUGUCCAACCCCAACAAUAUGAGUGCGUUUGUGAACAGGCCAGCUCUGGGGAUCAUGCCACCCGAGAACUUUCCGGAAAAGCUGGCAGAAAGCCUUCUCUCAGUUGCUCCUAGUGGUAUGAGCCGUGUUCAGACCAUGGCCUGUGGAUCCUGCUCCAAUGAGAAUGCAUAUAAGGCCAUGUUCAUCUGGUACAGAAAUAAGGAGAGAGGCCACAACAACCCCUCUGAUGAAGACGUGAGCUCCUGUAUGAUCAACCAGAGUCCUGGCUGUCCAGACGUCAGCAUCCUGUCAUUUAUGGGUGGAUUUCAUGGCAGAACAAUGGGUUGCUUGGCAACAACGCACUCCAAGGCCAUCCACAAGCUGGAUGUGCCGUCAUUUGAUUGGCCGAUCGCUCCCUUCCCUAAACUGAAGUACCCUCUGGAGGAGUUCACACGGGAGAACGCACAGGAAGAGGCCCGCUGCCUGGAGGAGGUAGAGGACCUGAUAGUUCAGUGGCGUCAGAAGGGCCGCCCGGUGGCUGGGAUAGUGAUAGAACCCAUCCAGGCUGAGGGAGGAGACAACCACGCAACACCGGACUUCUUCAAGAAGCUACGGAACAUCGCACGCAAGGUUGGCUGGAGAGAGAGGGAGGGGGGGGUCAUACACAAUAUUUAG